AUGUCAAAGCUAUUUUCAACGGUAAAUUCUGCAAGACAUAGUGUAUCACUGAACAGCAUGAAGGAUUAUGUGCACAUCAAGAAACUAGAGAUGAAUACGGUUCUGGGACCUGAUUCUUGGAACCAAUUAAUGCCUCAAAAAUGUUUGUUAAGUUUAGAUAUGGGUACAGAUUUUAGUAAAUCUGCGGCUACAGAUGACUUAAAAUAUUCCCUAAACUACGCAGCCAUUUCUCGUGAUCUGACAAAAUUUGUUAGUAAAACAAAAAAUUGGGGAUCUGUUUCUAAUUUGGCCAAAUCAGUGUCUCAGUUCGUUAUGGAUAAAUACUCCGGUGUUGAAUCCUUGAAUUUGGAAGUGCAGGCGGAUACGACGCACAUUAGAAGUGAUCGCAUUUCUUGUGUUAUUCAACAGGAAAGAAAAAAUCCAGAAUCACAGGAAUUUGACGUUGUUAAAAUAUCUGAGCUAAAAAUGUUGACUUUAAUUGGUGUUUUCACUUUUGAAAGGCUUAGGAAGCAGUACGUGACUUUGGACAUAAAAUUGCCUUGGCCAAAGAAAGCCGAAUUGGCACCCCCAGUACAAAAUGUCAUUGAUGAAGUUGUCAAAUUCGUAGAAGCAUCAAACUUCAAGACAGUCGAGGCUUUAGUAGAAUCUGUAUCAGGUAUUAUUGCGUAUAACGAGUAUUUCCAAAGAUUUCCAGAUUCACCAAUUGUAGUCAAAGUUUUGAAGUUAAAUGCAAUUACAGCUACAGAAGGUGUUGGUGUGAGCUGUAUUCGAGAACCUAGGGAUAUUAGAAUAAUGAAAGGUACUGGAAGUGGACAGGCCUAUGAAACCUCCAGUGCUAAUUUUGACUUACCGUCAUCGCAAAACACUUCUGUAGGAGACAAAGAUACAUGGAAAAGAGCAUUUUUAGCAUUCGGUUCGAACAUUGGAGACCGUUUCAAACACAUUCAAAUGGCAUUGAAGCUGUUAUCAAGAGAAAAAACAGUUAAACUGUUGAAUGUUUCAUCUAUUUUUGAAAGUGAACCGAUGUACUUCAGAGACCAAACUGCUUUUAUGAAUGGGUGCGUUGAAUUGAAAACUCUACUGACUCCAGGAGAUUUGUUAAAAUUGUGCAAAAAAAUUGAAUACGAAGAAUUACAAAGAGUGAAGCAUUUUGAUAACGGUCCAAGAACAAUAGAUUUGGACAUUGUCAUGUACCUUAAUAGUGCAGAAGAGGAUAUCUUAAUAAAUGAACCGGAUUUGAAUAUACCACACCCAAGAAUGUUGGAGAGAACUUUUGUUCUUGAACCGCUAUGUGAACUGAUAUCACCGUGUCACCUUCAUCCUGUGACAGCGGAGCCUAUAGUAAACCAUUUAGAACAAAUAUACGAGAAACAACAUGAUGAGGACAACUUAUGGAAACUAGUUCCAUUACCUUAUUGUGACGGUGCGGAACCAAGAUUCUUGAAAUUCAAAAACGUUACAAACAUUGAUGAAUUUACUGGGGAAGCAAAAAGAAUUACCAUUUCACCCACAUAUAUCAUGGGUAUUUUCAACGCUACUCCAGAUUCCUUUUCAGACGGAGGUGAACACUUUGCAGACAUUCAAAGUCAAUUAAAAUAUGUUAUUAAAAUGUGCAAAGAGGCAUUGUAUUUGCAUGAGACCGUGAUUAUUGACAUUGGGGGGUGCUCCACUAGGCCCAAUUCCAUUCAGGCAUCUGAGGCAGAAGAGAUGCAAAGAACAAUUCCAUUAAUUAAAGCCAUUAGGGAAAACUCGGACUUGCCACAGCAGAAACUCAUACUCUCCAUCGAUACAUAUCGUUCUAAUGUCGCUAAAGAGGCUAUUGCAGCUGGAGUAGAUAUUAUUAAUGAUAUUUCUGGAGGUCUGUUCGAUGGCAACAUGUUUUCUGUAAUUGCAGAAAACCCAGAAGUCUGUUAUAUUCUGUCGCACACACGUGGUGAUAUUUCAACGAUGAACAAGUUGACGCAUUAUGAGGAUCCUGUAUUAGGCGAAUGUAUUCAACAAGAGUUUGUUAACAACACAGACAUCCAGCAGCUAGAGAAAUUGAAGGAUGGAACAACAUUAAUUAGGAAUAUAGGCCAGGAAAUUGGGAAAAGAUAUAUUGAAGCAAUCGGUAGUGGAGUGAAGCGUUGGCAAAUCAUAAUGGAUCCUGGGCUUGGAUUUGCUAAGGACUGGAAACAAAAUGUACAAAUUAUUAGGCAAAUUCCAUUCUUAAAGAACUACUCCUUCAUCAUGAACUCUCAAGAUUCUCGGGUGUAUAUUAACCUCAGAAAUAUCCCUGUUUUAUUAGGUCCAUCGCGUAAAAAGUUUAUUGGGCAUAUAACGAAAGAUGUGGACGCAAAGGACAGGAAUUUUGCUACCGGAACCGUUGUAGCAUCUUGUAUUGGGUUUGGUAGUGACAUGGUUAGGGUCCAUGACGUAAAAAAUUGUUCUAAGAGCAUUAAAUUAGCAGAUGCUAUUUAUAAAGGUUCAGAAUAA